AAGCUCCUUUGGGUCAAUAUCGCCUCCCUGCAGAUAACAGCCCGCAGAUGCUCACUCCACUUGUGAAUUCACAUGUUUGUCUUUGAACCAUUUGGGUGAGCGCAAACACGAUUAUCUUUCCACAGAAGUCACCUCGGUGCAGCAUAUCUUUAUUGACUGGGUAUAUAGCAGCAGCAGCAGCUUGGUGUUUGCCAAGGCAGAGGAUGAAUCUCACAGACACAGUUUGCUGCGCCUUUGAAUCUCCCAUCCUGGACCAGGUUUUGCCUCCGAUUCUGAUCCUGGAGUUCAUGUUCGGCCUGAUGGGGAACUUUGUGGCUCUGUGGAUGUUCAUCUUCCACAUGGACACGUGGAAGCCCAACGCCGUGUACCUCACCCACCUGGCCGUGGCAGACUCCAUCGUGCUGUUCUGCCUCCCUUUCAGAGCCGACUACUACAGACGUGGCAAACACUGGCUCUAUGGUGACGUCCCAUGUCGCAUCCUGCUCUUUCUGCUGGCAGCCAACCGUGCAGCAGGGAUCUUCUUCCUCACGGCUGUGGCUGUCGACCGCUACUUCAAGAUUGUCCACCCGAUGAACCGCAUCAACCAGAUGGGCCUCGGCUAUGCUCUCUGGGUCUCACUCGGCCUGUGGUUUCUGAUAUUUCUUGCCACCGGGUACCUCCUCGCUGAUGAGCACUUCUUCUUCAACAGCAACCGGACGCAGUGUGAGAGUUUCAACAUCUGCAUGGGUUUCAGCCCCCUCUCCACCUGGCAUAACACUUUCUAUGUGGUCCAGUUUUUCCUUCCCACUGCAAUCGUGGCCUUUUGCACCAUCAGAAUCACAUGGCAGCUGAGGAUCAGGACCGUGGACAAGAAGGGGAAAAUCAAACGGGCCGUGCAGUUCAUCUUGGCCGUGGCUUUGAUCUUCAUCACCUGUUUCUUCCCCAGCACGAUAUCGCGUAUUGCAGUGUGGAUCCUCAAGGUGUGGUAUGACGAGUGUACCCACUUCAAAGAGGCCAACCUGGCCUUCUACACAUCGGUGUGUUUCACCUACUUCAACAGCGUCCUCAACCCUGUGGUGUAUUAUUUCUCCAGUCCUGCCUUCAGCGGCACCUUCAACAAGGUCCUGAACAAGCUGCUGAGGAGGAGCGAUGAGAAGACGAAUCCAGCAGAUUUAGCUGACAAUAACAUCUCCACUGUUGAUGGUAGAAGAAUGUAAAGCCACGUGCUGGUUUGUUUCCUUUUAAAUUGAGUUUGUGAAUAUAUUCUGCAAGUUUAGAUUUAAUUUGAACAUUUAGGGAAACAUUAGGCAAAAGGUGUGAAAUUGUUGAGCUUCACAAAUUUCCUGCAUUCUGGUAAAUUUUAAUGCACCAAUUUCUUCUUUUUCCUUUAAGUUUGAAAUACGUUUUUGUCAAGAAAAACAGGCUCUCUGCAUUCUGAAUUGUUUUCAAAUGUAGAUCAACAAAUGCAUGUCAUCUUAAUACUCAGGGGGCCUAUACCUGAAAAAAACAAUGGAAAAUUAAUGUUCAAAAAUUACAGAAGCAUUGGCAGUAUAUCUUUAAAUAUAGAUAUUUUUAGCUUAUUUGAAUACAGUCAUACACUGUAAAAGAACAAAUUAUCUGUAAAAAGUUUUCAAAAUGUGGACAAUAUGUAACAUUUUAGCCAAUUUUAUUUAUUUUUAGUUUUUUACAGUCGACAUGUAAGUAAUGCUUUUUUUCUGUGAUGCUGUUUUAUUUAAUUUAACAACAAAUGGAAGAUCUGUAGAAUAAUGAUUAAAAUACUGUUAAAAUAUAUCCAUUUUUCAGUGCUUAAUAAAUUUAUACAUCAA